CAAAGUAGUUGGCAACGCAACAACAUAUGAUUCGUCAACGUAGUUCAGCAAACAAAUAAUACUGAUUGUCAUUUACGUGUCGUUCACAAAUAAAUUAAUUUUUAUAUAAAUUAAGCUUUUCAUACGAAAUUAGUGCGAUUAAAAAUGCAAACUAGUGGUGCAGAUGAUCUACUACAGUUUCGUGAUUAUAAUAGCACACCCAGCAUGAGUAGCCCACCGGCACAAAUAAAUGUGAACUCGCCCACCCAUUCUAGCGGUUCUGCAGGUGCAACGCGCGGCAGUAAUGCACUCAACGAUUUGAUUUAUGACAUGAGCAAUUCUGCAGGCAUCUUAAGUGGCAGCAACAACGCAGGUGGUGCUGGAAAUAUGAAUAAUAUCCCAGCAGGCGGUGGCGGCGCUGGUGGUGACGCUGAUACUGGCGCCGGCAACAAGGUGUCAUUUCUUACACUUGAAUACUAUCAGCAAUUCUUUAAUGUGGAUACUUAUGUGGUGAUAGAGCGCAUUGCUAAUUCGAUGAUACCAAAGCGUGCUGGUGGCAACUAUUUGCGUUCGAGCAUUGGCCAAAAUCCUGACUUGUACGGACCGUUUUGGAUUACAGUAACGCUGAUUUUUUCGAUUGCCAUAAGUGGCAAUAUCGCAAGUUAUUUACAGCACGCCAAUGACAACUACCACUGGCGUUAUAAUUUCCAUUUAGUCUCCUAUGCCGCCACUUGUAUUUUCAUCUAUGCCAAUCUUUUCCCCAUCGCCUUGUGGGCGCUCUUUAAGUAUAGUCUCAAACCCAUUACCGAUGAUGUGGAAACUGAAAGCGCCGACUACUCGCCCUCCCUCCUGUCACUAAUGUGCAUUUACGGCUAUUCGCUAUUUAUUUACAUACCUGUCUCCGUAUUGUGGGUUAUACAGAUUAGCUUGCUACAAUGGCUACUAGUCAUUACCGCCGCUCUACUCUCGGGCUCCGUGCUGAUUUUCGUGCUCACUCCUGCGCUGCGUAACUCUAAGUUGUCGUUAUUCCUCAUAAUCGGCAUAUUGGCUGCACAUUUUCUACUCGCUGCUGGUUUCAUGUUGUAUUUCUUUCAUGUGCCCAGCAAUGUCGUAGCAAAUGUGCCAGUUCCGGCCGCCUUGGAGGCGGUUACACAGGCUGUGAAACAUGUAGUCACCCCGCCAGCCGUUGCUGGCAAUAUUGUACCGCUCAAUGGCACACGUUGAGUAAAUAUUACUUAAAUAAAUUUUGUUUUUCCUAGAAAAGUAAGAAUUUUUAUUUAAAUUUAAAAUUUUUUUAGAAAUUGUCGAUUUAUGAUUUGCUACGGCCACAAAUUGACACUUUCAAUUUAAUUUGUAAUACAUAAUAAUAAAAUAAUAUUGUUAUUACUAUAUAAUUAUUUACAUGCCAACAUAUUCCAUUGUAAUUACUUAAAUUUAAUUUAAAUAUAAAGCUAUGCCAAGUCGUGGUUAAAUAAAUGGGCAUACAAAUAUACACAAAAAA